AUGCUUACCCGAAGAGGUGAAAGGAGCGAACUCAGGCUGCCUUUGCGUGGAGGAGCCGCCGCAGCUCUGGUCCGAGAACACGGCGCGGGAGCUGCUCCAGGCUCUAUGACCUGCGUGCCUCUGAGCUGCUUGCCAUGUCGAGGCACGCCUCCCGCGCUGCCACCAACACAGCGCCGGACCUUCGCUACCCGGCCCCUUUGCAGCGGGGCGCCAGUCAUCGUCACCGAUGCUGCGCUGGCCGCACAGGAGGUAGAGUUCGUGCAGACCUUCGGUGCAAUGCGCGGCCAGCUGCGAAGCCUCCGUGGGGAGUGCUCCUCUCAGUCGCAGCGCGUCGUGGCGGAGGUGUGCAACGGCGAAGUCUGCGACGAGUGGAGCAAGUACGCCCAGCCCAGGUGUCGCAUCAUGGUGGGCUUUCCGUACGACCCGCAGCACAUGAGCUUCCUGACGGCCCACGCUUGCGCUUCGCUGCGGCAGCUCUACUGCCCGCCCAACGUGCCCAUCGCCAUCCGAGCGACGCUGAAGGCAGCAUCCAGGUCGACUGGUCUCUGGGCGGCCAUGAUCGAGGGCCUGCUGCCGGCCUUGGUCGCCAUCCGGCGAGCCAUCACAGCGUCCCUCCAGGAGGCGUCACUUGCUGGCGGUAUCUCUGACGCUGUCUUCAAGCGCUUUGGUCGUGAGUGGAUUGAGCACGAGACCUUCCGCCUUGGCUGCACCCAAGAGUACUGGGAGCGCAACCUGAACAGCAUCGUGAGCCGACACUUGCACGAUCAGCUGCCGAUGCUGGCUUUACCCUUGGGCCUUUGCCCAACCUGCUGCAAGCACGGCACUGGGCGGCUGCAGGUGGUGGUGAUGCGCAACCCCUUUGCUCGCUUGGCGAGCUACUGGCGAGACUGGCGUGGAAGCAAGGGGCACCUUGCCCCAAACAUCACCUUCCAGGAGUGGUUGGACGAGAUCCUGAGUGACCAGCCGAACAGGAGUCUCAUCAGUGCCAGAGACGAGUUCCAUGUGGAGCCCGCUUUCAAUGAGCCGCCUACUGAUGAGGUGGUGUUCCUGGUGGAGGAGCCCUUGGCGUCGCUGCGCCGCGUGGAGCAGCGGCUCUGCGCGCUGGGCGCCUGCGUGCCGCUGCCCGCCUUCCCCGCCGGCGCCGAGGGCGCCCGCACGCGCCGCGCCCAGGUGCCCGGCGCCCCAGGCUUGAGGUUGGGGAAGCGCGUGCAUCCAGAGGAGCAGAUGGAACCGCCCCAGAACAUGAGGCUUGAUCUAUGCAAGGGCUCCGUCAGUCUUGUCACAUAUCGAGCCUCUGCAUGGGACUUGCGGGAGCGGGAGUCCGCCAGGUCCGACGAAGCACAGCAGGGCCCUCUGAACCCUGCUGCAGCCUUCUUGGGCUUGGAGCCGGAUGGCUUCAGACCCCCGGUGCCUCGAGCCACUCGCAGCUCCUUCACAAUGUUCAAGGGCGACUUCCAGUCGGAGCUAUGCUCUGAUGGGGAGGCUAUGCGGAUUGAUCCAGAUGGCCAGCCCUACUUGGUUGACACCGAGGCGCGGCAUGAUGCCCAGCUGGAGUUUGCGCUGCUCUGCGCCUUGACAAUCUUUGUGGGAACGGCCAUGGCCGGCAUCCUCUUUGGCAUGAGCCAGGCCAAGUCUCGCAAUGAGCCGGAGGCUGCAGAAGCAGCUCCAGCCGCCUCGGCGGAGGCAAAGCCCAAAGCCAAACCCAAGGCCAAAGCCGGCGAGGCGAAGGCGAAGCCAAAGCCCAAGGCCACUGCGCGCGGGCAUCCAUUUGGCAUCGAGCAUCUGCUGGGCAGUGGGCUGUUUCCCGACUUCGCGGCCGAGCGCGGCGCCACUCGCCAUGACUUCUCCAAGCCGCAGAUGCUCACGGCCGAUCAGUUGUUCCAGAGCGGUCCAAAGGGAGGUCACGGCAGCCCCCAGGAUCUGCGCUAUAAACGCAUCGUCCGGAACCAGGCGACUCUGCAGAGAGCAGCAGAGGUUGUCAUAGAUCGGCCCUCCAAGCUGCGGAAAGCUCUGAGCACGCCGGACUUGCUGGAUGUUCCCACCGCUUGCUUGACGGACGUGCGCAACCGCCUGGGCAUCGUGGUCGGGGACAAGGUUCGGCAUGCCUUCCUGGAGACGUCCUUCUCCGGGAUGAGGAGCAAGAUGAGAAAGUCUAAGCUUAACCGGCUACACAGAGAGACAUCUUGGGCCCGAAGCUACAAGACGGCCUUGCAUCCGGAGCUCAAAGGUUCCGUCACGGUUAUAGAGGAGGGCACAGAGGCGUUGCUCGCCACGCAGCGGGCACAAGCCUUGAAGGAUGAAGCCCUCAGAGCUGCCAAGUUGCUUGACCGUGAGACCUUCGCCAGGGCUGCGCGGCGCCGAUCCUUUGCCAAAACAGAUGACCAGCUGGUGAAGUUGCGAGGCAUUCGGGAAGAGACUCCGCCCAGGCAGCCAGAGGCCAUCGUCAGAGAGGCAAUGGCAAUGCUGCAAAAGUGGAAGUUCCACGAAGAGGUGGCGCGCACGCUGUGUGAUGCUUUGCUGGGCAUGGCGGAGGUGGGCAUUCUGAGUGUCAGUGGCAUCAGUGACUCCCACACGCCUUACGACAGGUAG